GCGCCGGUGGGUGUCACAUCCGGGUCCUUUUCCCUCCUCCCUUCAGUUGGGCCCUGUUUUCCUGCCUCUUCUCUCAGUGAAGGGGGAGCGUUGGCUCCUUCGCAGCCAGAGGGAAGAUGUCCGGCUCCGGCGGCGUCCCCUCGGGGUCGGCAGCUGGAGGAGCGAGGGCAGGGGCUGCGCCUGUAGCCGAGUGGGGGGCCUUCGAGGACAACAUGCAGGGUGGGGGUUCUGCUGUGAUUGACAUGGAAAACAUGGAUGACACAUCUGGCUCUAGCUUUGAAGACAUGGGUGAGAUGCACCAACGUAUGAAGGAAGAGGAAGAGGUGGAUGCAGAAGCAGCUGCUGCCGAUGAAGAAGAUGGAGAGUUCUUGGGGAUGAAAGGCUUUAAGGGGCAGUUGAGUCGACAAGUUGCUGAUGAGAUGUGGCAGGCAGGAAAAAGACAAGCCUCGAAAGCCUUCAAUCUCUAUGCCAACAUAGAUAUCCUCAGGCCCUACUUUGAUGUGGAGCCAAACCAAGUUCGGAACCGGUUGCUGGAAUCCAUGAUACCUGUGAAGAUGAUUAAUUUUCCCCAGAAGAUAGCGGGCGAGCUUUAUGGUCCCCUCAUGCUGGUCUUCACGCUGGUUGCCAUCUUGCUACAUGGAAUGAAGACAUCAGAUACAAUUAUCAGGGAAGGGACAUUGAUGGGCACAGCAAUUGGCACUUGUUUUGGUUACUGGAUAGGCGUCUCCUCCUUCAUUUACUUCUUGGCAUACUUGUGCAAUGCUCAGAUCACCAUGGUGCAAAUGUUGUCACUACUGGGCUAUGGACUUUUUGGGCAUUGUAUUACUCUCUUUAUCACUUACAACAUCCACUUUCACUCCCUUUUUUAUAUCUUCUGGCUGGGGAUUGGCGGCCUUUCUACACUAAGGAUGAUUGCUGUGUUGGUGUCACGCACAGUGGGACAUACCCAGCGACUCAUCCUGUGUGGAGUGCUUGCUUCCCUACACAUGCUCUUCCUCCUCUAUCUGCACUUUGCUUAUCAUAAGGUUGUAAAAGGUAUCUUGGACUCAUUUGAACCCUUUCAAAGAGUUCCCAGAGACAUUCCAUUUGUCUCCGUUCUAAAUGCAACUACCAGACCUGUUGCUGCGCUGAUCUCGUAGCCUUACAGACUCUGGCAUUCUCCUUGCCUCUACAUGGGUCAUAUACUCUGCUGCUGUUACCAGGGAAGAAAGAAGAAGGAACAGAGGCGGGACUUUGUUUCGUCUGCAGACCUCAUCUUGGAAGUGAGCGCAGCAGGUUCUCAGCAUGCUUCACAGGAACUGUGUUUCUCCAGCCUCUGCUGGGUUGGGCGAGGCAGAGCCUUUCUCCUGGACCAUUCACAUUUAGCUGGGAUUGCCUAGACUUUUCCUCCAUACCUUUCGUGCUUGCUCUUGUCUUUUUAACUAGUGUACAUGUAAUCCUCUCUUUUGCUGAGAGAAGAAUUAAAUUAAAUGGAUGUUGGUUCUGAGCAAUCUCUUCCAUUUGACCCUACUUUUAUAAAUUAAGGACAGCAGAGGACUCCUUGCUGUUAUGUUUCAAAACCUGAUCAAAGCUGUGUUGGCAAAUCCCUUUGUCCAAGCUGAUUCCUGUCUCAUGAGCAACCUUGGGCUUUGAUUGAAGCAAAUGACCACCUUCCUUUCUCACCACUCCAAGAAAAUCUUUCCAUGUUCACCAGGCAGGAAGUAUUUAAAUCAGUCUUUGAAUAGCACAUUAAGUACCAUAGCUUGUGUUGAGACUGACUCUAUUUUAUUGGUCUGGUUUCUUUUUUGUCAUAUGACACUCUAGGAUUCAGUGAGAAGUUUGUUUUAGCUUUCCCAGUUUAAACUUCUGGACAUAUGUUAAAAGGAGGAAAUCUCCAUCACAGAUCAUCUGUAAAAGGGUCAUAUUUAAGCUUAGGUAAGGCUGUUGCUGACUGUAGCAACCUGCUUUUGCAACUGUUGGACCACCCCUUUUUAUGCACCGUACACCAAACUUCCUGUUAACUGGACUCCAUACAACAUGGCUUCCACAACAGUCAAAUGCAAAUUCAGUUCAUUUCUCACACUUGCUCAAGUUUUCUUCCUGCCCCGUCGCCAGUCCCUUAUUUUCAGUCUCUUAUUUUACUUCACAAUAAAUAGAGAAAAGAUACAUUGAGGUUUAUGUAGCAAGAAAAAAACACUUGUUUCCAUUUUUAAAGCUAGUAUAAAUAAAGUGUAAAUCCUA